UCAACUUCUACUUCCUGCUUCACAAACACACCAACUCCGCUCUGCGUGACUCAACCACCUUCCUGCGGGUUUCACGCACUUUUCUCAGGUUCCAAGUCCUGCAAAGUCCGACUCGAUUCGGUUCCGUCCCGCUCCCUCGUCUUCGGGCCGAACCGUUGGGUCCAGUUAACGGGUUGGGCGGGUUUAAUUAGAGAAGUAAGAGUGCAAUGGUUCUGAUUUGGGAUCGUUAAUCAGCGGGACACUUUGGAGGAGUUCCCGGACCACCCAGACCGAACCGGACCGGCUCGGUGCUGUAGAUUUACGGCCGGACCGGAACCCUGAAGUGGGUCGUUGAUCAUCAGCUGCCCGAAUCGGAGCUGCUCCCCUCCCAAUCCCGGGCAGAAGGACUCUGACACCCCGGUCCAGAUCCUGGUUCUGUACCGUUUCCAGGUUCGGAACAGUCCCGAAAGGCUCGUCCGGACCGGAUCCAACUGUCCCGACGCCCUCCGACCUGCACCUCAUGGCGUCCUUCAUCCUCCUCUUCCUCCUGGCCGUGACGGGCGGAGCCGUCAGCCAAUCCAACGACUCGACAGAACCGAUGUGCUACGACUGGGGCGAGUCCAGCCAGGCGGCGGUUCUGGUUCUGGACGGCGAGGCCGGCUGGGUCUCCUGCCCGCUCUUCUCUCACCCGGCCGUCUACAACUACACGACGGCCCAGAGCGCCGGGCACGACCUGGUCUGGUACCGCCUGCUGGACGGCCACGACCUGGAGCAGCCCAUCCCCUACAGCGCGCGGGUCAGCAGAGAGCGGGAACGGCUGUGGCUGCAACCGGCCGUCGUUAACGACACGGGGCAGUACAUCUGCAUGCUGCGCAACAAGUCGUCCUGCAGCAGGAUCGCCGUGCGUCUCCAGGUGCUGCUGCGAGACCAGGCGGUCCGAUCCGCCGGAUGCCCGCAGGUUGCCAUGGCAGCGACUGAGGCGCUGAUCGGCUUCCAGCAGGGAAAGACGCUGACCUGUCCGAACCUGCAGGACGCCUCCAAGAUGGCCGACAGCGACCCGACGGUCAACUGGACCUACGUGAACCAAGACAUGUCGAGGUGUGAUCCGUACCCGUUCUGGGACAAUCACAGGGAGCAGGUCAGAACCGAUCUCCAGAUCCACAACAUGCUGAUCCCCUAUGAGGGCCUGUACUUCUGCACGGUCUGGUACCGGCGGAGAGGCGGGUCGCUGAGCUUCACCAGGAGCAUCAAAGUCUCAGGGAUCUCAGAUCCCACCACCUUGCCCAAAGACCCGAUCAUCCUCCACCCGACCAACGGCAAGGUCUUCCCGGUCAGAACCAACUCAGACGUCCACCUGACCUGCAGAGGUCAGCUUCCUUUCAUCAUCGACAAACCUGAACGGGAGAUUUGGUGGACGGUGGACGGAAAGAGGGUGGAGCAGCUGAACGACGGCCGCUUCAGCCAAACCAACAGCACAACAGAUGACCACCGCGACCUGACAGCGGUGACCAUCCUGAAGAUCACAGACGUCCAAUCUGAAGAUCUGCAGCGAAACUUCACCUGCUCAGUGAAAAACGCGCGCGGCUCAAUGGCCCGCUGGGUCCAGCUGGAGGAAGAGGUGUCGCUGCCCUCCGUGGAGCUGGGCUGCGGCCUCGGCGUCACUCUGGUGCUCAUGCUGCUGCUCUUUGUGGUUUAUCACGUCUUCUGGCUGGAGCUGCUGCUGCUGUACCGCUCCUGGUUCGGCACCGACGAGCGGCACACAGACGAUAAGGAGUUUGACGUCUACAUCUCGUACGCGCGGAACAGCGAGGAGGAGCAGUUCGUCCUGUCGACGCUGCGCGGCGUCCUGGAGAACGAGCUCGGCUACUCCGUCUGCAUCUUCGACCGGGACAGUCUGCCCGGAGGGACCAUCACAGACGAGACACUGAGCUUCGUGGCUCGCAGCCGGCGCCUCCUGGUGGUGGUCAGCCCCGGCUACGCCUCGCGGGGCUCGCAGGCGCUGCUGGAGCUGAAGGCCGGCAUCGACAGCAUGGCGCUGGGCGGCCACCUGCGGGUCAUCCUGGUCCAGUACCGGCCCGUCCAGAGGCAGAGCCUGGUCCGGGAGCUGCGGCGGGCCCGCGUGGCGCUGGCGCUGGUCCGCUGGAAGGGGGACAAGUCCAAGGAGCUGACGUCCCGCUUCUGGAAGCAGCUGAGGGUGGAGCUUCCUGUGAGGAGAGCCGGCAGGGAGCAGCAGGAGGGGAGCAGCAAGGAGGCGGCGCUGAUGAGGCUCGUCAGCCAGAACAGCACCAACUCCCAGACCGGCCUCAUCAGCAACACCACCAAAACGCCUCAGAACAUCCCCAACUCCGCAGCCUGACCCGGACGGCUCCAAACCAACUGGAGCACAAACCAGUCAAACCAGUCCAACCGCUCCAGAGUCAGACUGUCAGACCCGCUCAGAGGAGCAAGUUCUGCUCUGGUACCAGCUGAUUAUUUGGUCCUGGAAGAGAGAACCAAUCAGGAUGCGCUAACAGAGGCGACAGAAGAUUGGAUUCAUCCGUGGAGAGCCAAAGAAGGUCAAAGGUCAACCAUUUUCUGCUGAACCUGAGCCAAGAGUUGGGUUCAAACCGGGUCAGACACACAGGGCGCCAUUUUUAAAGUUAGCAUCAAUAAUUUGGGAUAUUUAGUUUGACAUAAGGGAGAAAAAUGGAGAUUAAUUUCUAAAGUCAUAUUUUCAUUUCACCAUGUUGUCCAUUCAUUUAUAAAUGUCACACAUUCAAGCAAUUAUUUAAUUAGCAAGCUAAAUACUUAGCUCAACUAAAGCUACAUAUAUUUAGCUAACUAAUAUUCAGCUUCAACAUGUGGUUUAGUUUGAAGCUGAAUAUUUAGUUUUUAUUCUGGAUCAAAGUGUUUUUCUCUUCCUCAGUUUUCUGUUUGUUUUUCUGACUUCAGGUUUUCUGCAGACAUAAAACUCAGUUUUUCCCCAUAACACUAGUGUCAUAAAUCUAUUUAAUCUUCUCAUUUUCUAGUUUGAACUAUUUCUUUGUGAUGUUUUUUUUCCUUGUUUUCACUCAGAAUGUUUUGACAAUCAUGAAUGUUGAAUGAAACAAUAUUUCAAACAUUUGCCAAAAAGUCACAUUUAGUUUGUAAAAGUAAAUUUACAGUUUUAUCAGAAAGUGGUUAAACUAGCUGGAUAAAUCGAUCAGUGAAUGUAGCUCCAUGUAAAGAUGAAUGUUUUUCUCAUCUUUUGGAUCAAUUUGUUUGUUUUGGGGUUUUCUGCUCCACCUGGUGGUCAUUAGCGGAACUGCAUGUUUCAUCAAAGACAUUUCAUUGGAUCAUUUUGAAGAGAAACCAACAUGGAGAUGAAGGAUGGUGUCAUCCGCAUAGAGGCCGAUUGAAUCAUUUUAAUCCACUGAAGCAUUAAAUAUUUUCAUUUCUGCACAUUAUUUAAUUUCAUUUUAUUUUAAGAAAAGUUCCUACAGUUUAAUCAGUUGAAAUAUAUUUUUCGGGUUGAAAAACUCUGAUGCUGUUAAACAUUUAUGGGUCAGUAUUUUAAUAUUAGAACUCAUUCUGCACUUUGUCAUGCUUUGCUGCAUCUGUUUUUUUAUAUAUUUUCUUUUUGAUUAAUUAAAUAAUAUUUUCAUUUA